AGAAUGUAAACUCCAUUUUUCAAAUCACAACAACAUGAGCGGAGUACCAAAGUUUCCUCUUGUCACUACGGAUCACUGGAAUCUAUUCAGCAAAGAACGCAACAGGAGUGCUAAGCGGAGACUCCAGGGUCCGGUCAGCUAUCGACAAGACGACAAGAGCCAACCUGUAGUUGUUAACAUUGUUGCAAAGUCUGGUGGGGAUGUGGACACACUCCUCAAUACUGACUCAGAGCGUGGCGACUCCAGUGCAAUCCUGCCUCCUGCUUUCACUGACGAACUAACAAGCAUAGAGUUCGAAAUGUCAGAUAUCCGGAGGAAAAUGACCCACUUGGAAUCCCUGCACGGAGAUCAUCUCAGGAACGCGUUUGAUGACGACAGAGAGAAAGAGAAUGAGAUAGAAAUUCUUACCAAGCAAAUAACCAGAGGAUUCCAUAAGUGUCAAAAUAGUAUAAAGUUGAUUGGACAAAGAGCUCGGAAUUCCAGUACUCAACAACUUAGGAUGGCCACCAACAUCAUGUCAUCUUUAGCUUCCACUCUUCAGGAAGAAAGUUCAGAUUUCAAGAAACUACAGAGUGACUAUUUGAACAGAUUAAAAGGCAGGGAAGAAAGAGAGCGGAUGUUAGGAGUUGGGGACGACUACCAGGACCUAUUCGGUGGUGAUGAUGACCAGGAGUACAUCGACUCAAAGUUCACCAACCAGCAAAUUCAGAUGGUAGAACAAAACAGCAGGCAGGUGGAACAGAGAGACGAGGAAAUACGGCGGAUUGUGGAGAGUAUAGCAGAACUGCAGAGUAUAUUCAGCGAUCUGGCUGGUCUGGUGGCCGAUCAGGGGACAGUACUUGAUAGGAUCGAUUAUAACAUGGAGCAAACUGUCGUAAAGGUUGAGGACGGCUACCAAGAAUUGAUAAAAGCGGAGAAACACCAAAAGCGAGGGAGAAAGUGUAUAUUUAUUAUAUUUCUAGCUCUAGUGAUCUUGUGUAUGGUUGUGGCUCUCUUCGCCACCAAGUUCAAAAAGUGAUCGUUUCUCAGAUUACUCUGAAGUGCUACAAACUGGCUGAUUUUCUGAUGCGAAUAUUAUUACUUCUGCGGAUGAUUUAGUUGCGAAAUUGUAUGUGUUAUCGAAUUUGUGUUGUCGGAUUUGAAGUUUAAUUGUUAAUAAUGAAGUGAUGAUGAUUGCUGUUAAUAAUACUUGAUAGAAUUAAAAUUACUAAGUAUAAUAAGCUCACACGGAGUUAAGAUUAAGCUAUUCGUUCUCGUUGCGUAACUCGGAGAUGUCCUGCAUUAAUAAUGUAAAACAAUGAAUUAUCUUUGAAAUGUUUGUAACAGCUGACAUUUAAAAAUAGAAACAAUGAAGGUUUGCAUAUAUUUAAGUUUUAUUUACAUUAUCAAAACGUGGGAAUUAUAGUCCUCCAAGAUUGAAGAUACCCUGAAUUCUAAAAUUUAGUUAUUUUUACUACUGAGUAUUUACGACUGUAUUUACUACUGAAUCUUGAUCUUGGAAUAACAGAUUGACAUUUGGAACCAUGACAGAAGCUACGAAUAAUUAUGAAGAUAGGUCCUGGUCAUGUUAUUUUAAUUAUUCUACCGGGAAUAUACAGGUAGGAUCUGUUGACGAAUUUAAGAUCAUGUAAAUUUCCAUUAACGGACUCCCACUUUUGGUCUAAAUGAAAAUACGGAUCGCCUAUAAUGAGUCCAAUUUGCUUUAGUAAAUAAGUUUAUGUUUAAAGCCAAAUUUGGGUGGUGGAAGCAUUAAGUAAUGUAUAUUUUGUGUUAUUUUGUGUAAUAUACAUUUAUAAAACUUGCUGGUCAAGGUUCUACAACGA